UUGCGCGCCAGAGUAAGGUGGUUGGACGCGCAUGGGCUUUCGCCCGGGCGCGCUAUGUGGACCCGGUGGCCCUGAGGAGCCUCGCGCGGGAGGCCGCAAAGUGCCCGCGAGGCCUCGACGAGGCGGAGCUCGCGCGGCUGCUCUGGGCGCUGACUGCCCUUGCCGACGAGGUGGGGUCCGCCGGCCGCGGCAGCUUGCGCGAGGCGCAGAACGUGCUGGCGAGGGAGGCGUCGGCGCGGGCGUGGUGCCUCUCCGCUCGGAGCGUGUCGAGCAUUGUGUGGGUGUUCGCCAAGUUCCGCAUCAGCGAGGGGACCCUUUUGCGCCCUGUCAUGGACCGCGCUGCCAAGCUGGCCAUGGGCUCUCUUGACUCGCCCGACCUUGGCAUGAAGGCCACCGACCCGCUCGUGACGGAGCUCGAGGCGGAGGGCGGCGGCGUGAACCCAGGGCCGCCGGCCGUCGCGCGCCGUGCGCUGCGAGGGCCUCGCGCCGCCCUGGCCGCCGCCGCCGGCUGCGCAGCCCUGCUGGCCGCGGUGGCCGCCGCGGCGCGGCAGCAGCCUGGGGACAGGUGGCGCCGCCCGGCCCUCGGCCUCGGCAGGCACGUUGCAUUGGCGGAAGCCGACGGCGUCGCCGCAGACGGCGUGGUGGAGGUGCGACAGCUCGCCGGGUCAACCACCGACGGGGUCAAGAAGGCCAGCACCGGCGGCGACGAGGCCAAGAAGGCCAGCAGUGGCGGCGAGGAGGACUGCGACGAGGUGGCGGCUGGUUCUGUAUGCUUCGAGAGGGUGGCGUGGGUGCCUGGCCGAGAUUGCCUCAGUCUGGGUUUGGCCGGCAACAGGCGUAGUUUGCCCGAUGUUGCCAGCGGCUGGUUCUGGAAGACCAUUUGUCACGACGUCCUAGCUGACCCAGCCGCUGGAGAUACCCAGUGGGGCAUCUCUGGGUCCAAGCUCAUCCUGUUCGAGACGAUGCAGCCCAACUGUUUGUCGGUAUUCACAGCCCUAGGGGAGGUCGGUCACGCAGGUCUGUCGGUCACGCAGGUUGGUCUUUGGGCGCUGCUGUCGCUGGCUCUGGCGGGGAUGCAGCUGGAGGUCGACUGGGCCUUGGCCGACGAGUACCUCAAGGUGGACGGCGACACGGAGCUUGCGAACCUGAAGGCCGACGACGAGGCGACGCGGCGGGCGGCGGAGAAGCAGGGGGGAUUCCGGGCGCCGCCCUCGUGCUCAGGGAAGGCGGCCGCCAUGCACACCGAGGAGUGGCGGCAGCGCGGCGCCGGGGAGCGCGGAGGGACGCAGCACCUGGGACACGACGUUUUCAAAAAGCAUCCGGAGCUGACCUGGGUUGGCGAGCCUCAUGCCCAGUGCUUUCUCGACAUGCUGGGCACGGGCGCGGGGUUGCCCAGCCAGUAUCUCGCGGCAGGGACCAAGACGCAAAUCAUCAACCCUUUCGGCCGGUGUUGCAACGGGCAGAUCCCGCCCAAUAUGCGGUUCAUCCACAUCACCCAGCUGAACGCCAUCGCCUGGGGGCUGAGCAAGUUGCCCCAGGAGCUCGCGCGGAACAAGAGCCUCCAGGACCUGGAGAGCCAGGGCUACCCGAUGAUGCACGCUAGCUACGAGGAGCUGAUGGCCGACGAGCCACGCCUGGUCGCCCGCAUCACGCGGUUUCUCGGCGUCUCCCCGUUUACGCAGAAGGGACAUGCGACGGUCAACAGUGCCAAGAAGGAGCUCCGCGACAGCUUCGCGAACUGGCCCGAGGUCGUGGCGGCGUUCUGCGGCACGCGAUUCGAGCGCGAUCUGGGCCUCCGUAGCGGCGAGACCUGUGUUCACAAGGCUUUUGACGCAAGCUUCCAGCCGCUCGCAGCUGCUCCGAGGCGACACCGAGCGCUGCAGAUGGCGUGGGCUGGUCACCCUCUCAUUCGGGAGGUCGCCGAGGUGCUGCGACAGGGCGCCGAAGGCGCCGACGACGACGGCCAGGCCGAGGUGGAGCUGCGCUGCCCGGAGGUUCACAUCCCGCCGAUCCACGUGGAGUGCCUGUCGGAGGGCCCGGGCGUCAUCGGGCACCUGGCGUACUUGCUUGCCGGGCUACUCAGCCGUUUGAGUUGGAAGGUGAUCUACAGGACCUUGCUCAGAAGCAGUUGGCGCUGA